UAUAUAUGUACUAAGAAAAGGAAAGCAGCGGAGAGAAGGGGAAACACGACACCCAUGGAAAGACCUCAGCGCUAAACGACCGGCACCCUGACGCAGCUCCCACUUCUCUUCCGCCAUUCCCUUUCUCUCCCCUCUCCGAUGCUUUCCGUAGUGUUAUAUCCACCGGCUCCCACCCUUCUCCAAGAACUGGCUCUCCAUUCUCUUCUUUCAGGGUUUCUUGGAGCGUUUCUUUGCUGCUUCGUCUCGCCCUAGGCCGGGCCUCCCUUCUCCCAUCUUUGCGUUCUCCGAUUUCGCGACGGACGGUUCGUCUGGAUUCCAACUUUUCUUUCCGCCGGCCGUGAUUGAUCUGAAUCGGUCGUGGACUCAAUUGGGCGCACGUAGAUUGAGACCGAGCCGCAGGAGUGGUCAAUCUGUUAUCUUUUCGGCUUGGUACGGCGCUGGCAUUCGUGAUUAAGAGCGAUGGAUUUGGCGGCCAGUUGCAGGAAUCUUGACAAUGUAGACAAGAUUUAGACAACACAUGCAACGCUUUGUUUGGCUCUCUCAGUGUCAAAACUUCACAAUGAUCAAGUGGCUGUUAAGGAGACAACUGCAAUAUGCGUCACAAUUGAAUAUAGCAAGUCUUGUAUUGAACUUUGGCUUGCAUGAAGCAAGUUGGUUAUUCCUACCUUGUAAAUGGAAUGGUGGCUCAAAGUUUGAUUGUGUCUGGCUAGUUGAAGUUUCUCAAAAUUGUCAAUGAGCUGCUGAUUUCUAUGAGUCUGGAUAAAUUGGUAUGCUUCAGAAUAAAAGAGCUUAAAGAUGUCCUGACUCAACUUGGUCUGGCAAAACAAGGGAAGAAGCAGGAACUUGUGGACAGGAUUUUAGCAUUACUUUCUGACGAACAAGUUUCAAAAUCGCAUGGUUGGACAACGAAGAUUUCUGUUGGAAAAGAACAAGUUGCAAAAAUUAUUGACGACACUUACAGAAAAGUGCGUGCUCCUGGGGCUACUGAUUUAGCACCGAGAAACCAGAGUGGCUCAGUAAAUAAUGUGGAACCUAAAAAGGAAGUGAAUGAUCAUCCCAAGUUGGAUAUGAAGGUUCGUUGCCCUUGUAGUAACUCCUUGCUCAUGGAGUCAAUGAUUAAGUGUGAAGAAUCUCGAUGCCAAGUCUGGCAACAUCUCAAUUGUGUCAUUAUACCUGAAAAUCCUAUGGAGGGUGCUCUGCCUGAAAUUCCACCCCAUUUUUAUUGCGAAAUAUGCCGAAUCAACAGAGCAGACCCAUUUUGGUUGACAAUCGCGCAUCCAUUGCUUCCUGUGAAGUUGGCUUCUUCUAGUGUUGCUGAUGAUGGAACAAAUGCAGUGCAGAGCGAUGACAUGACAUUUAUACUGUCAAGAGCUGACAGGGAUAUGUUACAGAGAACAGAAUUUGAUCUUCAGAUCUGGUGUAUUCUUCUUAAUGAUAAAGUUCCUUUCAGGAUGCAGUGGCCACUAUAUGCAGAUUUGCGAGUUAAUGGUAUUCUAGUCCGAACAACUAAUAGAACAGGCUCACAACAGUUAGGAAUUAAUGGGCGGGAUGAUGGUCCAGUUAUCACCACAUUCUGCAGGGAAGGAACAAACGAGAUUUGUUUAUCAAGAUGUGAUGCUCGCAUAUUCUGUUUAGGCAUUAGAAUUGCCAGACGACGGACAAUUCAAGAGGUUCUCAAUCUGGUGCCAAAGGAAGAAGAUGGUGAACAAUUUGGGGACGCCCUUGCCCGUGUUUGCCGUUGUGUUGGUGGUGGAACUGCUACAGACGAUGCAGAUAGUGACAGAGACAUCGAAGUGGUGGCAGAUUCUGUCACUGUUGAUCUCCGUUGUCCUAUGACUCAGUCUAGAAUGAAGAUUGCUGGUAGAUUCAGACCUUGUGCUCACAUGGGAUGUUUUGAUCUAGAAAGUUUUGUGGAGCUUAAUCAACGUUCUCGGAAGUGGCAAUGUCCAAUUUGCCUGAGGAAUUACUCUCUGGAAAACAUCAUAAUGGAUCCAUAUUUCAACCACAUCACUUAUUUGAUGCGAAAUUGUGGAGAAGAUGUAAAUGAAAUUGAUGUGAAACUUGAUGGUUCUUGGCGUGUGAAAAAUGUAGGUGAACAUAAGGAUCUUGGAAAGUGGCAUUUACCUGAUGGUAGUCUGUAUGUGGCAAACAAUGUGGAAGUUAAGCCUGACGUGGACAUCAUGAAGCAGAUUAAAACGGAAGGUUUUUCUGAAGGGCAUAAUAGUCUAAAACUAGGAAUCAAGAAAAAUCACAAUGGAAUAUGGGAGGUUAGCAAGCCUGAAGAUAUUGGGCAUCCAUCGUCUGAAAAUCAUGUACUGGAAAAUUUUGAAAACCAUUGCCAAGAUGUCAUCCCCAUGAGCGGCAGUCCAACUGGAAGUUACCGAGAUGGGGAAGAUCCAAGUGCUAAUCAAGAGGGUAGGGGGCAUUAUGAUUUCUCUGUGAAUAAUGGUCAUGAACUUGAUUGUCUUUCUGUGGACAUUGACCCAACUUUCAUUAUUGAGGAUAAAAUUUUUUCAGCACCAUUAAAUGAUGCAAACAUCAUUGUCCUCAGUGAUUCUGAUGAAGAUAAUGUUACUCUGAUUUCUUCCAGAACUGCCUAUGAUACUGGUCCAGCUGAUGAUACUAGGAUAUCUUUUCCUAUCAGCCAUCCUGGAGCUCCAGGAACAAACUCUGAAGAACUGGGUCUCAGGACCAGUGGUACUUCAGGCCUUGGUUUUUUUAACAAUGACAAUGAUGAUUUUGGAUUGCCACUAUGGCCAUUGCAGUCAUGUCCACAGACUGGUCCUGGCUUCCAACUAUUUGGUACUGAUUCCAAUGUCUCAGAUGCUUUAGUUGAUGUGCAACAACAUUCUCGUGGCUGCUCAUCACUUAAUGAGUAUGAUUUGGCAUCAGGUGGUGGUUUAGGGGAAACUUCACAAGCCCAUGUCCUUUCUACUGGUCAUUCUUAUGCCGAAGUAAAUGGGGGCCUGGUUGAUAAUCCUUUGGCAAUUGGUGACAAUGAUCCCUCUCUGCAAAUUUAUCUUCCAAGCCAGCCAACUGUUGUUGCAGAGCAGGCGGAGACAAGCAAUCAUGGAAAGAUGGUUAAUGGUGUCCAUUCUGAUGAUUGGAUAUCUCUUACGCUUGGUGAUGCAAAUGGAGGUGAUGUGGACCCUGCUUCAACAAAUGAGUUUUGCUCGACACAGCAGGAGAGUGGGAUAAACUCAUUAGCCAAUGCUGCUUCGAUGCUUCAAAGCAUGGAUGAUGGCAGAGUCAAUAAAACCUCAAGUAGACAAAGGUCUUAUGGUCCUUUCUCACCUCCUCGCCAACCGCGUUCAGUUCGGCCAAGGCUGUAUCUAUCAAUAGAUACAGAUUCAGACUAGUUGCUGGACUGAUUUUGGGGUAGUGGCUCUUUUAUGGACAAAAGAGAACUACACCCACCUUGACAUGCUGCUUGCAAUGAGUCUGGUGAUUGCUACUUAACCCAUUCUUGUGUAAUUAAGGGGCAGAAAAGUGGCCGUCUUAUCACCAGAGGAGUGGGUUAAUUUGACAUGUGUACUUCAAGAUUGCAUUGGACAUACUAGAAAUGCAUGUCUGAUGGUGAGCUUAAGAUUUGAGCUUGCUUGCACUGUUUUGUGCCUUUGUUUUGAUGGCUUCUCUAGUGAUCUUUCCAUUUUGGCCAGGUUGGUGUAAAAGUUUUAUGUAAUUUGCAGGCCUCAGCAUGCUUCUCUGCAUCAGUAUGCAGAAUAGAGGCUAAAGGUGACUACAAGUGGAGCCUUUGCUGAGGCAUGAGCAUUAUCAAUGGGAAGGCCUGUCAUGUCCCUAUUUGGAUUCAGUCUCUGUAAUUUCAUAUGCAUAAGAGUUCCAUCAGUAAUUGAAGAAAGUAUGGCCUCCGUUUAGUAGCUAAAGAACUAAUGAUCAGAUGAAGGCAGCAUUAACUAUUUUACCAUGAUUGGUACAUGACAUGCACGAGUUGGUGGACACAUUCAAGUAGUAUGCUGGAGCAUAUCAUGCCCGUGUAAUUUAAGUGAAAGUCUGUUACAGUUCUAUCUUUGAUGUGAUCAGAGCUCAGCAAAUCAAUGUUGUCAAACUGAUCUUUUGGCCUGAUGUCUUGAUGAUUAGAUAUUCUGCUGCUACAUGUCGAGACAGCAUAUGUACAUGCUGGUUUUCAACUUUUCGUUUAUGCUCUUGUUGAUGAAAUAAUUUUGUGCUGUAGUCAACCAGAGUUCUCAUUUUAAUGUGUCUGAGAUCUUAUAGGUUUUCUUCUUCUUAAUUCCAAACUAUAUGUUCACAGAAGCGUGAACGCCCUGUUAUGUUGAUCCCAGAAGUUGAGACACCAAAUUAGUGGUGAUGGUGAAGAUACUGAAUCAGAACAUCAACUCUUCUCUUCGUGGCUGUGCAGGUGUAGUGGCAAAUAUGUCUACAAAAACAUGUGGAAGUUACAUUUAUUUUGUUCAACACUGUUACGUAUGCAGAAGCUUAUAAAAGCUGUAUCUUGCAUGAAGAGGCAUCUGAGCUUCCCCCGGAAGAGGGUGGACUUGUCUUUGGUGCAAUUGCUAUCUGAGCUGCCCCUGGAAGAGCGUGGAAGUUACCUAGUCUUGGGUGCAAUUACUAUUUGGACUGGAGAAAUUUAAGGCAUCAUUAUAAAUGCAUUAAAAUGCUAAAUGAUCCAUUAUUUUCGUAUCUAAAAGCAGUGCAUACCAGUGAAAAUCUGGAGUUGAUGUGUUAGAAGGAAGAGCAGUGCUAUGCAUGGUAGCUCGGAAAAGUCACUUGAAGUCAAUUGCCUUUCAGCAUUUACGUUGUUUCAUAUUGCAGAUACAAAGGGAGCAACAAGAUUGCAACGCACUGAGAGCAUUUUUGAGUUGAGAAAUUUUUUUUUUGCUUUUUUUGUUAAAGGAUAUUGCUUAUGCAAAUUCUGUUGGCUAAGUCUCUAGUAUCAUUCAUAUC